AAGAAAGAGCUAAACCAGAACCAAAAGUUUUUUCAAAAAAAAAUGGUGAAGAUCGAAGUUGGAAGUGUGGGUGACUCAUUCAGCGUGGCAUCUCUAAAAGCUUACUUGUCUGAGUUUAUAGCAACUCUUCUCUUCGUAUUCGCUGGCGUUGGCUCUGCUAUUGCCUUUGACAAGCUAACCUCUGAUGGAGCCUUAGACCCAGCUGGUCUUGUAGCCAUCGCUAUUGCUCACGCUUUUGCUCUCUUUGUCGGAGUUUCCAUUGCUGCUAACAUCUCCGGUGGUCACCUUAACCCAGCUGUCACUCUUGGCCUUGCCAUCGGCGGAAACAUUACACUCAUCACAGGUUUCUUCUACUGGAUUGCUCAAUGUCUUGGUUCCAUCGUCGCUUGUCUUCUCCUCGUCUUCGUUACCAAUGGCAAGAGCGUACCAACCCACGGAGUCGCAGCCGGUUUAGGAGCGGUGGAAGGUAUCGUGAUGGAGAUCAUUGUGACCUUUGCUUUGGUCUACACCGUUUACGCAACCGCAGCUGACCCAAAGAAAGGAUCGCUUGGAACCAUCGCACCGAUCGCUAUUGGUUUCAUCGUUGGUGCCAACAUCCUCGCUGCUGGUCCAUUCAGUGGUGGCUCCAUGAACCCAGCUAGGUCGUUCGGACCAGCUGUUGUCAGUGGAGACUUGUCACAGAUUUGGAUCUAUUGGGUUGGACCACUCGUCGGUGGUGCACUUGCCGGACUCAUCUAUGGUGACGUCUUCAUUGGUUCUUACGAAGCUGUAGAAACCCGUGAGAUCCGAGUGUAAUUAUAAACGGGUUUUGUGAUUGUUUGAUGUUUGCUUUUGUUUGGUUGGUUUGAUGUUUUGUUUGGUUCUUUUAUGUUUGGUGUUCAGUUUCUUCCAAGAUUGUAUGUUAGAGAAACCAAAGAAAAACAAAGUCAUGUCUUGUUAAUAAGAAAAUGUAUAUAUUCCACCA